AUCGGGCAUUGCAAAAUCAUGUUAUCGAGGUGGUUCACGAAUAUUCGCCAUUAGACUGUGGUUUCGCUUGUCUUCAAACGACAGACUGUCAGUCUUAUAACAUACGCCAGGAGACUACGGAUCUUUACGAAUGUGAAUUGAGUAGCAGCACAAAGACGCAACAUCCGAACGAUUUUAAAUCCAUAUCUGGUGUGACAUAUUAUGGAAGUGAUACCUUUCAUGGGGUAUGUAUAAAAGAAUGAAGUGAGUUCGUUAACUUAAGAGGCAAUUUUCCUCAAUGUCGAAAUGCGUUUGCAAUGAAAACUGCAAAGUGUUCAAAACCUCAAAUGGCUGAUCGCAUUAUUAAUCCGCACCCCCCGCCCCCCAUUGAGGACAUCCAUUUUUUGGUCCCCCUUCCCCUGGAAUUUCCACAUAUUUUAAGCAAAUUUUUAGCCUCCCCUGUGGAAUUUCCGCAGAUUUUUAUUGAAUUUUAGCCAUGCCCAUGGAAUUUCCGCAAUUUUUUUAUGAACUUUUAACCCAUCCCAUGGAAAUUCCUUGACAGUUUUUGAUCUAGCCAGUGGAAAUUCCGUAUUGAUUCUUUGAUUAGUAGCUAUCCCUUGGAAAAUUCCUUGCUGAUUUUGAUCCUAUCCUUUGGAAUUUCUUUUCCAUUGUUGACCCUCCCAUGGAAAUUCCAUACGUUUUACUCAUUUAAGAUGGCGGACAGUCGCGCUGAAAGUGCUCUCUCUGGCUCUUUCGCUUUGCUGCUCUUGUCUUUGCUUUUGCAGCAAGUUAUACAUAGCAGACCAUACAAGGAUGAUCGGAGUCAUGUUCUCAUGGGUUUGGGAUAUGAUUUCGAGUUUAUUGGUGGGCAAAGUGGUGUUUGUUAUCAUAACUUUGUGUGUAUUUGGAGUUGGCGGGUAAAGUCGAAGAUCACAGUUAACGAUUGCAACCAUCUUUGUGGCUGUUCAAUCUCGUAUUAUCCUAACUCAACAGCAAAAUUUCGUCCUGUGCUUUUGUUGAAAUACGAUAUCGAAAUCAAUCCUGGACCUGGCACACAAAAUUCAACGAAUAUCUUGCAACACAAGCUGAAAUUUCUCUCCCUCAAUUCUCGAAGCAUAGUAAACAAAGCAAAUCAUUUAACUGCCCUGGAAAGUGUCAAUGAACAUGAUUUGAUUGCUAUU